AUGUCUCAACCACCUCUCAUCACUUGCUUGCCGGAGGAGAUGGUUGAAAUAAUCAUCUCUGAGCUUGUUAUCGACGAGGAGGAAGCCGGCGUCAGAGAAACAAUGAAAUCACUGAGCUUGGUACAUCCUCGGUUCGCUUAUUCGUCCGCGGUAUGCAGUCGUCUUUUCAAGAAUAUCACCGUGAGAAUCACCCCCGAGGAGGUCGAGACAAUUCGAAAGGGGGCAUCUCUUCAACGCGUCAUGCCCUUCGUCCGAACCAUCAAAUUUCGACCAGUUGACUGCAACUGGGAAAUCGCGUAUGGGAGGCUGCGCACUUUCAUGGCCGCAUACACUUUCCACAAUGGUGAUGACCAUAUACGCAGGGAAUCAUUGGAUUCAUACAGAGAAGCUUUCGGCCAUGAUCAAACCCGUCGGCUCUAUCCUUCCCACGCAGCACUCCAACGGGAGUCCGAUGCCCACCACAACAGAGCCAACAUCAUCAGGCAGCUUUAUCAAACAGGCGACCUGCGAGAUAUCUGCAGCUCCCUUCUGCAGUGUUUUCCGCGAGUGGAUAGCAUGGAAAUCAUGCAAGUGGCGUUUGAUGGUGUUGGAAAGUACGCCAUCAACCUGCCCUCCGACUUGAAAUACUUGGGGCAUUUGAUGGAUCAUCACUCCGAGGAUAUGCACUCUGAAACAAACCUUAACUGCCUGCGCCGCGCUUCACCUUUGAAUAACGCAUUUGUCAUGGAGAUGUUUGGCUGCCUAAGCAUGACUGGACAGAAGAUCAAAACCCUGCAGUUCAACUGCAACUUUGGAUCUUCGUUUUCAUUCAAAGACGACCCAAGAUGGACCAACCUGAGCCUAACUGGGGUUGAAAACCUCCACUGGAGCCCUCAAAAUGACGAUCCACCACAUCGCAUCUGGGUAAAUUCAUACUUUCAAUCUGCUGGUUUGGAUGCAAUCCGGCGAAGAAUGACAACAGGUAAAGCAGAGGCGGAAGCGCUCACUCUGCUCGCCCAAAAGUGUUCAGAGACGCUUGUGAACUUGUGCGGCAAAACCGAGGGACUUGGGGGACCAUGGCCCACACAGGAGAAUCUCUGUCUCCCCAAACUCAAGACAAUUUCUUUCAGCGGAGAGUUCCGUAUUCACGCAAGCCACUUCGCACGAAUGAUCGACAACGCCAAGGACCUUGAGUGCAUCUUUCUGGGUCAAAACUGUAGACCCGGGGGAUGCAACAAAUGGAAUUUGGUUCUCGAGGCAGUUCGGCGACACAGGAACAAAGUGGAGAUAUCAUGCUACCCCCUUUUGAUGCCGGCGCCUUAG